AUGGGUCGGCUGAAAGGGACAGAGAAAAAGGAAGGAAGAGGAGGGCAAAGAGGUAGCAGGGUCGUGUGUAACCAGAGCAGCCAGGGGUGCAUCCAGCUUGUGGGCGUCCGUCGGCUUGCCCACGGUCGUGUGAGAUACGAAUUCAUGUCAUGUUUGCUCGAGUUUUAUGGUGCGACCGAGGCAAACUUGCAGCAGAUGGACAAGCAAAGACAAGAUCUGACUCGUCCGAUCGGCCUGCAUAAGCGCCGGCAGGAGCCGAGGGGGAGGCUAAUUUCGCAAUUGUAA